CUGCCACUCUCCUCACACAAGUAGACAGCAACGCCUGGUGAAGUCGCACCACCUCCUGAUACCUGCUUUUUAUAACCGGUCUCUUUCCAAACAUACUUUUGCAGGUUUUACCAUUCUCAGAGCAGUCCGGCAAGGAUCGUUCCUUAAGACAAGAACAGAUUUUCUCAGAUAUCCACGUCUUCUCCUGUACUUCACUGCCAUCAUGGUCGAAAGUUUUGCUGGAACAUGGAAAAUGUGUGAUUCCAAGAAUUUUGAUGAGUAUAUGAAGCAGCUGGGUGUUGGGUUUUUAAUGCGACAAAUGGGCUGCUCUACUAAACCCACAACUAUCAUAGAGCUCAACGGUGACGAAAUUAUCGUGAAGACACAGAGCACAUUUAAAAACACAGAAAUAAAGUUCAAAUUGGGUGAAGAAUUUGAUGAGGACACUGCUGAUGGCAGGAAGGUCAAGUCUGUAGUGACGCUUACAGAUGGCAAGCUGGUUCAUGUUCAGAAGUGGGAUGACAAAGAGACAAGUUUAGUGAGGGAAGUCAAGGAUGAUGACCUUACACUGACUCUCACUGCAGGUGAUGUGGUGUGUACUCGCACAUACAAAAAGGAAAAAUGAGCCUGCAGUCUGCCACCCCGUGUCUCCCCCCACCUCAUGUACAGUUGGCAGGAGAAGUCCAAGACUACCUGUAAAAGCAUUUUUUUCUUUUUUUUGCUCUUGCUUCCGUGUGGAGUGUUUACCACUGGGCCCACAAAUAA